GUCACGGAGUGGACUUCUCUCACAGCACUCAUGUAACCGUCCGGACGGAGGAUAUUUCACGUGUUUUUUUUUUUUACCCGGGAGUGGAAACAUAAACGCUCUUGGGAUUCUCUUCUAAGUCGUCCUGGUGGGACGUUGUAGACUUUUGACGCGCUCCAAGUCCGGCGUGGCUGAGAGUGUUGGAGCGUGGGUCUCAGUGGGCUGACAAAAGGCUUUUUUUUUUCUUCCCCCCCACGGAGAGAAUAGAUGUAGUUGGCCGGGCACCGACUCCACGCGGCGGCGUGUUUCGUGGCAAACUUCGCGGUGAGAUGAGGAGGACGUGGAAGACUGCACUGCGUGGAAAGGAAGAUUUGUGUGCAUUGUAAGUGUCGUCGUGAUGAGCAUGCAGUGAGCGCCAUGCCUGUGGAAAUGGAGAAGACGGUCACCAAGCUGAUGUACGACUUCCAGAGGAACUCCACUUCGGAUGAUGACUCGGGUUGCGCUCUGGAGGAGUACGCUUGGGUGCCGCCUGGACUCAAACCCGAACAGGUCCACCAGUAUUACAGCUCCUUGCCCGAGGACAAGGUGCCCUACGUGAACAGCCCGGGGGAGAAAUACCGAAUCAAGCAGCUCCUCCAUCAGCUGCCGCCGCACGACAACGAGGUUCGCUAUUGCAACAGCCUGGAUGACGAAGAGAAGCGGGAGCUGAAGCUCUUCAGUAACCAACGUAAAAGGGAAAACCUUGGUCGAGGAAAUGUUCGCCCAUUCCCCGUGACGAUGACAGGGGCCAUCUGUGAACAGUGCGGGGGCCAGAUAAACGGCGGCGACAUCGCUGUGUUUGCCACGCGCGCCGGCCACGGCAUGUGUUGGCACCCGGCGUGCUUUGUGUGCAGCAUGUGCAGCGAGCUCCUGGUGGACCUCAUCUACUUCUACCAGGACGGCAAGAUCUACUGCGGACGGCACCAUGCGGAGAGGCUGAAGCCGCGCUGCACAGCGUGUGACGAGAUCAUCUUGGCAGACGAGUGCACUGAAGCCGAGGGCCGUCACUGGCACAUGAAACACUUCUGCUGCUUCGAGUGUGAGACGGUGCUGGGGGGCCAGCGCUACAUCAUGAAGGAGGGGAGACCCUACUGCUGCUCCUGCUUCGAGUCGCUCUACGCCGAGUACUGCGAUUCCUGCGGGGAGCACAUCGGUAUCGACCAGGGCCAGAUGACGUACGACGGGCAGCACUGGCACGCCACCGAGGGCUGCUUCGGUUGCGCCCGCUGCAAACGCUCCCUGCUGGGUCGACCCUUCCUGCCCAAGCAGGGUCAGAUCUUCUGCUCCCGGUCUUGCAGUCUGGGGGAGGAGCCCAACGGCUCGGACUCCUCGGAUUCCGCUUUCCAGAGCGCCCGCUCCACCCGAGAGUCCAGACGCGGCUCCAAGGCGGCAAAAAGCGGCGGCGGGCUGGCGGAGAACUCGUCCGGCGAGGUGGACCCGUUGUCCCUACAGAUGGACGUACUGAGUCUCUCCAGUCAAACUCCCAGUCUGACCCGUGAGCCGCCCGCCUGGCAGAACCAGACGCGAGACGGGCACAAGUUUGAGCCUCAGUCCGACCCUCAGUCCGGCCCCUCGCCACUUCAGCUCCUCAGUCAGUGUAACGUGAGAACGUCCUUUAACUCCUCGUGCACCGGACAGAACCCUCAACUGCCGGAGCGCAGGGUCAAGGAGAGGCCGCCCGUGUCCGCCAUCAAGGGUCACUCCCUGAACGAGACCCGGCUCCAAGAGGACCGCUAUCCCCCGAAACUGCAAAAGAAUUUCACCGAGGCGUCCGAGCUCUCUCAGCCGGAGGGCGGAUUUUCCGCGGAGAAACGCUCCGUCAGCCUGCACGGCUUCCAGAGGGAGAGGGACCCUCCUCCGCCUCCUGCGGCAGCACGGAGCAGGAACCCCAUCAACGCACUUAGCUUCACUGAGCAGCUGACGCCCCUGCAGCAGACGCCGAGGGGGUCCAUGGAGUCUUUAGCCAACGCCACAGGACACUCGGCAGAAGGAGGCGGGAGGCUGUUGUCUCGUUUCUCCAUGCCGGAUCUGAGCCAGGACUCCGGAGUGAACGCCUCACGGAAAAGCAACAUGGACGCCCUUAACUCCUCCUCGGUUCAAUUCCGGAGCUCAGAGUCGCUCCACAGCGUGAACGGCGGUCAACCCUACAUGGAAAUAAACCCGCCCAGGUCCGCCCAGUACCAGCCGAAGUAUUGCGAUCCGUCCGGCGCGGGUGUCGGCAGAAGCGUGACUCACCUCCCGCCCGGAUUCGCCUACCAGGAGGAAGACCGGGUGAGCUCGGUGAGCAGCGCCAACGCCGCCCGCCUGCCGCCCAUAAGUGAGCGCCGGGUGAGCGCCGGUGUCGGAGCUGGAGGCGCCAGAGGAGCGAGCGUCAGGAUAGACGUGCCGGAGGAAACCCCUCAGAGGCGCAGACACCAUCACCGCGCCAGAAGAUCCCGGCGCUCUCGCUCGGAAAACGCCCUCAACUUGGUCGCGGAGCGCCGGGUGAGACCUCAAGAAAGACCACCGCUUCACGCCCGGGAAGACUACGACCGCUUCCCUCCUCCCAGGAGUUCCAGGGACCGGUUCGGAGUCGGAGUCGGAGGAGGCGAGAGAUACCAAGCGCAACUCUUCAGGCCGUGUCCCAGGACCACGUCGGACCUGACGCUCCAGAACCCCGCGGCCGGCCGCCGCACGGGCUUGAACCAGUACUCCUGGGACGACUACUACGACGACGACGACUGGUGCUCCACCUGCUCGUCCUCGUCGGAGUCGGAGGACGAAGGUUACUUCCUGGGCGAACUCAUCCCCAGACCCGUCCAGACGCGCUAUCUCAGCAAUCAGGAGCUGGUGCACAAGUACAGCGCGGGGAUGGGAGGAGCCAACCGCGGUGCGCUCUUAACCACGCACAAACGCAGAAAAAGCAAGAACUGCAUUAUUUCUUAACCUUUUGGUUUUGGUACACUGACAUCUGGAGGAAGGCGAUACAUGUUGAUGAGCAAUAAUUCAGUGAUACCUAGGGCUGUCAAAGUUAACGCCAUCAUAACUCGUGAACUACAAGUUCCUUUAACGACGCUAUCUUUUUUAACGCACGAUUAAGGCUCAUGCCUCCCGAUUCCUUAUUUUUGACCCUCGGUCCGUUCCGUAGCCCGGGAAACCGUAAUGGUCAAAUAUCAGUAGCAUUUAUUCAGGUAGUAAUAUCACAGAUUACACUAACAAACCACAUUUUGUGUUAUUAAUGCGUGAAACUGCUAUCUAAACAUGGAAAUGUAGCUCCUCCUCUGAAUGCGAGUGCUCCUACAGCAAAAAUACAAAUUCUGUUUUCGUACAAAAUCUGGCAAAACACCAACGCACUGCAGGUAUUAUUUUUUUAAAUUGUCAUUAAAAACGUGUUCAUGUCUAUUUUUGUCCAUUACCUGUACAACAUGUAAUGCACAUGAUAUCAGAAGCAUUUAUUCAGGUAGUAAUAUCACAGAUUACACUAACAAACCACAUUUUGUGUUAUUAAUGCGUGAAACUGCUAUCGAAACAUGGAAGUGUAGCUCCUCCUCUGAAUGCGAGUGCUCCUACAGCAAAAAUACAAAUUCUGUUUUCGUACAAAAUACAAAAUCUGGCAAAACACCAACGCACUGCAGGUAUUAUUUUUUUUAUUGUCAUUAAAAACAUGUUCAUGUCUAUUUUUGUCCAUUACCUGUACAACAUGUAAUGCACAUAAUAUCACAAGCAUUUAUUCAGGUAGUAAUAUCACAGAUUACACUAACAAACCACAUUUUGUGUUAUUAAUGCGUGAAACUGCUAUCUAAACAUGGAAAUGUAGCUCCUCCUCUGAAUGUGAGUGCUCCUACAGCAAAAAUACAAAUUCUGUUUUCGUACAAAAUCUGGCAAAACACCAACGCACUGCAGGUAUUAUUUUUUUAAAUUGUCAUUAAAAACAUGUUCAUGUCUAUUUUUGUCCAUUACCUGUACAACAUGUAAUGCACAUAAUAUCAGAAGCAUUUAAUCAGGUAGUAAUAUCACAGAUUACACUAACAAACCACAUUUUGUGUUAUUAAUGCGUGAAACUGCUAUCUAAACCUACUCAGUAGGCCUAGUGGUUAGAGUGUCCGCCCUGAGAUCCGUAGGUCGUGAGUUCAAACCCCGGCCAAGUCAUACCAAAGACUAUAAAAAUGGGACCCAUUACCUCCCUGGGCUGGAAUUGGGGGGUUAAAUCACCAAAAAUGAUUCCCGGGCGCGGCCACCGCUGCUGCUCACUGCUCCCCUCACCUCCCAGGGGGUGAUCAAGGGUGAUGGGUCAAAUGCAGAGGACAAAUUUCACCACACCUCGUGUGUGUGUCACGAUCAUUGGUACUUUAACUUUAACUUCAACUAAACAUCUAAGUGUAGCUCCUCCUCUGAAUGCAAGUGCUCCUACAGCAGGAAUACAAAUUCUGUAUUCGUACAAAAUACAAACUCUGACAGCGCACUGCAGGUAUUUUUUUUUUUUAAUCGUCAUUAAAACCUCU